AUGGCAUCAAUAUCUUCACAAAUUCAACAACUUGACGAUCUUAUUAAUCAAAGAGCUUAUUUCAAACAACGAUCGCAUGAUACACAUACUCAAACACAUCAACCACAAUUAGAGAGUUCUACAUUACUAUUAUCUCAAGAAUUACCACAGAUUGAUAUUGUUCUUCUUGGUGAUUCUAUGCUUGAACGCUUUAAAACUUCAGGAAAAUACACUCAAAUUGGUCAAACACACUAUCCACAAAUUUUUAAUGCAGGUGUAGGAGGAGACAAGAUUGAAAAUGUACUUUACCGCAUCAAUUUAGGAUUACUUCGAUUGUUAAAACCUAGAAAUCCGAAAGUUAUCGUAUUACAAUUAGGUACUAAUAAUUUACAAUGCAAACGAGCGUUGACACGUCAAAAUCUCGAUGAUUAUUAUCUCCUAUUACAAGCUUUACUCAUGACUUGGCCUAAUCCACCUCAAAUACUUGUUACUGGCUUGUUUAAACGAAAAAAUGUAGACGAACAAUAUAUUACACAAUCGAAUAUAGCUCUAGAAGAACUUGUCGUUAAGACUAAUAUGACAGAAAUGCAAAAGCAUGCACAACAAGAUCAUUGCAUUCAUUGGAUGCAACCGCCUAAGCAAAUCGGACUUGAGCAUCUACAGGACGAUGUACACUUAAAUACCACUGGAUAUCAAAUAUGGGAUGAGAUCUUGUACGCAAAAAUUCAAGAAUUACUUCAUUUACAGAACUUUCAAUAG